AUUUUAUUUAUCUGUAAAAAGGAUUGUUGUGAGUCAGGCUGUUCAUCGGCAUUUCGCAUUUUCUCGGGAAUUCCGUUGUAUUAGAAAUCCAUAUACAGCAUAGCAAAGCAUGAAAAAAUGGCUAUAAAUCUAGAGAAGCAUAAGGAAGCCCUGAUCGCUGCGUGGAAGGAUGUUCUGGACGAGAAAACUGAUACGAAUUGGGCCCUCUUUGGCUAUGAUGGACUAUCUAACGAUCUUAAAUACAUAAGCAAAGGUGAUGGAGGGCUUACAGAGUUGAUAGAUGACUUCAACAGUGGCAAGAUACAAUACGCCUUUCUAAAAGUUGAUGUGCCUAAUGGAAGCAUAUCUAAAUAUGUCCUUAUCAACUGGCAGGGUGAAGGAGCUCAAACGGUACGCAAAGGCACGUGUGCGAAUCACAUAAAGCACGUAGCGCAGUUGUUCACGGGUUUCCACCUCACAAUGCACGCGCGGACGGAAGACGACCUGGAUGAGAAGAUCAUCCUCGACAAGCUGUCCAAGGCUGGCUCUGCCUUCAACUUCAAGACGACCAGGACGGAGGAGUUGCCACAGAGCGGGCCUGUCGGGACUACAUAUAGGAAAGUUAAUCCAGUGCAGGAAAUCAAUUCAAAAGAAAGAGACCAGUUUUGGCUAAAAGAAGAACAAGAAGAGAAGAAAAGAGUUGAAGCAGAGAGGAAACGAAGAGAGGAGGAGAAGAAGAAAGCAGAAGAGAAUGUAAGAAGAAGGGACGAGCAGGAGGCGGCGAAGAGGGCUAAAGCUGAACAGCAGAAGGCUCCAAGUCCAGAGGGCGGUGUGAGCGCCAGCGAAGUCCUGCGGCGGCAGCGCUCCACUGAGGCACGUCAGCUCAUCGGGGGCUCCACAGCCGCCGCCAGAGCCCUGUUCCAGCAGAACCUGGCACAGGGACAGAUUACUAACAGAUCAAACUCAAUACCCGAGAAACCAGUUCGCAGUUCCGUCAUAGCGCAGAGGAUAAACACGUUCUCGCAGAACACAUCGCAACCCUCAUCGCCCAGUCACAUCAAAUCCCCAGACACCCCCACCCAUACCCCCGUUUCCCCAGAAACAACACAAACAAAACCGAUAGAAAAAACAACACUCACAGAACAACAAAUAGAACAACCGAAAACGAGUCCACUGAAAAACAUAGACAAAAUAAAAAUGAGUCUCGAAAGUCCAUCACAAAUACAGUACGACCCAAUAAUUGAUCCAUCAGCCGAUCUUAGUCCGAGCACAGAGACUGAACCAACAUCAUUUGCUUCGGUGAACUAUUCAGAAUAUCAUGAGAACUAUCGAGAUAUGGACGUGAAACAAAGCGAGCCGAUGAUAAAACAGAAUAUUUUAGAAAAUGAUAUGUUCGAUGCAUCGUACUCGAGUUCAAAUGAAAACGAUGAUGAUGACAGUGACAAUAAGUUCAGUACGAUCAAACGGUCACCGUACAGUAAGAACACUGAUGACAGGGAGCUGAGCAGACAGAACACGGUCAUAGAAAAUGUUAAUUUUAAGAAGGAGAAUGGCACUACUACACUUGACGAUGUUUCACCCGAAGGAAUGGAGGAGGAAGGCACGAUAUACGAAGACCUGGACGAUGACCCCGGUCUCACCGCCAGAGCAUUAUACGAUUAUCAAGCAGCGGACGAGUCAGAGAUAACGUUCGACCCGGGCGACAUCAUCACGCACAUCGAGCAGAUCGACGCGGGCUGGUGGCAGGGGCUCGGCCCGCAUGGCGUCUUCGGCCUCUUCCCCGCCAACUACGUGGAGCUGCUGCCCUGCCACCCGCGCUAGCACUACCACCACCAUCUGCAUGAUCCUUCCUACGUAUACCAUCUGCAAGAAUCGUGGUAUUUAUCAUUAUCAUUAACAACCAAUGGACAUUCACUCCUUAGCCUCCUGGAAGGACCUUCAAACACCACGGUCUUGAGCCAUUACCAUCAUGCGGCUCUUUGUAACCCGCUUGAUGUUAACGGAACAACAUCGCGAGUUUCGAAUUCACCUCCUUCUCUUUCUAUAGUAUCGUGUUAGACAGAGAUAGAGGUGAAUUUGAUAGUUGCAUCAGCGAGUUAUAAAACAUCGUUACAUAAGUGGUACUGAUCGCUUAGGCAAACUUAGCCUCUCGUCAUAUUCAGUACUACUGUACUGCGCGAUUGAAGACUCGCUUACAAAAGUAGUCCUACGAUGCAUCAACGAUUGUCUUGUGACGAGACAUAGUCCACUAUUAUCGGAAUUCAAAAUAUCGUUUUCUUUACGAAAGUAUGUGAUAUUGUCGAUUUCGUAGGUCCACUAAUAGCGGCGUAAUUGAAAAUAUCGUUUUAUUUCGUCCCAACAUAGAACGAAAGAAUGUUAUAUUGUUAAUUUCGUAGGUCCACUAAUAGCGGAGUAAUUGAAAAUAUCGUUUUCUUGUCCCGACGCAGAACGAAAGAAUGUAAUAUUGUCGAUUUCGUAGGUCCACUAAUAGCGGCAUAAUUGAAAAUAUCGCUUUCUUUCGUCCCAACACAGAACGAAAUAAUGUGAUAUUGUCGAUUUCGUAGCUAUAGGUUGACAAUAUCUCUCUCGUUAUGAGAUAUCUCGUGGCGCGUCUCCUAGUUCUGGUGAUUGCCCAGUACACAAUUUUUAGUGACUGCUCAAAAUAAAUUUCAUUUUUAAUUUUUUUAUUCAAUUUUUUAAUGAAAUUUUAACGUUUCGUUCAAAAAUCGAAAUGUUAAUAUAGAAUGGACAAGUGAACAACAAAUGAAUUAUUGUUUUUUCUAUGUGAAUACGCAUUUCUAGAGUUACUUCAAAUGCAUUUAUAUAGUAUAUUGCUUAUUUACUAAUAGAAAUUAGAAUAUGACUCAUUUAUGCAUUAUGAGAAGUUUUCAAGUAUUAUUUUAGUUAUAUGAAAUUAUUUUCAAAAUUAACUUUUAUCUUUUGACUUACAAUGUGUUGUGAAUUUAAGUAAUUUAAUUUAUAUUUUUUUUGGUUAGAUUCUAUUUAAUUAUGGCAUCUAUAAUUUUGUCUGUUUAUUUUGAAUUCAUAUUAAUAUAUGUAAAUUAUAUUUACCUGCCACCUCAACACACAAAAAAAAUCCUCUUGUAUUGUCGAUGAAGAUAAAGAAAUGUAAAGUGAUUGUAAGUAGUAGAUACUACAAAUAUUAUACAUGACGUAUCAAAUAAAAGAAUUUUGAUUUUUAAUUAAAUAAAACAUCAAUUCACCUACAAUCUUAGUAUGAAUGUGGUAACGUGGCAGUUAAAACAAAGUAUAUCCUGACCAGAAAAAUAAAAAAAAAACUCACUGUAUCGUGAAAAAAAAACAAAUAUUUUUUUAAACUGACUUUACAGCCUUUGAGUUCUAGCCCUUUUGAGACUUAAUUUAAAAUUGAUGUUAAACACAGAUUGCUAAAGAGUACUUUUGGCGCCCUCCAGGUUUUUUUUAUUUUUCUGCUCAAGCUAUAGGUAUAUUAGUAAUCAAGCAUUACAAUAUUGAUUUUAUUGGACUAUAGUAUUAAAAAAAUGUAUGAAUUCUUGCUUUAACAAAACUUAUUUAUUUAUUGACUUUAGAAGACUUUAGAAUUUGAAGUAGAAAUUCUUUAUAUUUUUUCCAUAAUGAAUUUUAUUAAAUUAGAACUAUAUUGCACAUCGCUUAAAAUGAUAUCACAAAAUAUUUUAUAAAUAAAAUGGUAAUAUUUAUUGAUUAGGCUUUUACUCAACUAUUUAUUUUUUUAUGUAACUGCCUCUAUGGUGUGACUUUAGGGUUGACGUUUAAAAGCUUUAGGUUGUUCGCACACACAAUAAUAGAGUCAGUAAAGUAGGGUUAGGCUGCCUAAAGUCGUUCAACUUUUCUGUUUGGCCUCUAAUUAGACAUUUUUAGCUAAGAUUUUCAGUACUUAUAUACUUAAACAAUACACAUCACUAUCUAGCCCCAAAGUAAGCAUACAAAGUAGCUUGUGUUAUGGGUGCUAAGAUAGUUCAUAUUAUAAUAUUAAUAUACAAUUAUAGACUACAUAUAAAUACUUAUAUAAUGUAUAAAUACACACAGACACUGGAAAACACUCAUGCUCAUCACACAAAUAUUUUCCAGUUGUGGGAAUCGAACCCACGGCCGUGGAUGCAGAAAGCAAGGUCACUACCCACUGCGCCACGCGGCCGUCAGUACUUGGUUUUGUUUAUGGUUAAAUUUUGCAAUCUUUCUCUUUAUACAUAUGUACACCCGUCAUUAUUUUCUCUUUUUUGAUUGGUUGUCUGGAAGAGAUCGCUCAUUAGCGAUAAGGCCGUCAAUUGUGCAUUAAUAUUUCAGAUAAUUUCGUGCUUAUAAUUUUUAAUUUUUAUUUUUUGGUGUACAAUAAAGUAUAUUUAAUUCAUUCAUUCAUUCCAAAUAACCUAUGGUCUUGCUUAUAGACUUUGAGUUUUACAUGCCUUAGAGGGUAUGACUUAAGAAACCUUAACCAACUUUAUUGACAAUGUUUUUGAAUGUGUGCGAGCAGCUUUAUAGGAAACAUGUAAAUUUUAAAUAAACCACCAUUAAGUCAUAAUUAGAAUUCAUUAAAGACUAAUUCAGUCUUUGCUUCUGUGGUGAGUGAUAGUAUAGUCGUCAUUCCAUUAAUAAUGAUAUCCUUGUAGUCAAUACGUCCACACACGAAUUUUUAUGGGGAAAAAUAACACUGAAAUUCAUAGUAGUUGUAAAAACAAAACAUUAUCUAUCUCUGUCACUCUUACAUUUUUGUUAGCGUGUGACAGAGAUAGAGAGACUUCACAAAGCUAGUGUGACGUCAUAUAUUGCUUAUUCAUAUGUGUAUUAUAGAAGCACUGAGUAGAUGUGUUGUGUUGAUAAACAUUUAUAAAUAUGGCGUAUGUGUGUGAUAUUGUGAAUGUGUGUGAUAUUGCGAAUGUAUGUACAAUGUAUGUGUAAAGUCCGGCCGCUCAGAGAUUGCGAUUCUGACAGGUCGUGAUAGAAUGGAACAAACAUAUUAGGUAAAUACAAUUGCCUCGUUAUUUUGUUUCAUCACUACAAUGACAACCUUGAAACAGCGCAGUUCAACAACCUUGUACGCCAGUUUGAAGUUACACGUUCGUUCGAUCACGACCUGUCAAAAACGCAAUCUCUGAGCGGCCGGACUUCAAUGCAAGGUUGUAAAGUCUCAAAAUUGUUUACUAUGAAAUAUUUAUAUUUGAAUGAGGCCUAGUGGACGUUAAGACUUUUUAAUAUAAAGAAAUAAAAUUGUAGGCAAUUACCUUAUACCCUUGAAAUUGUGUCUUAGUAGUGCCAAAACCAUUUUUACCCACUUUUGUACUGUUUUUGUAUGAUAAAAUGAAUUUAAUAUUGAAAUAGAAAAACAGUUAAGCUCUAAUUAUGAACUUAAGGUGAAAUUUUAAUAUACAGACAAAAUUGUUUGAGUUUUAGCUGAUUUUCUAUUUAAGUAUUAAAACGCAAACGAUAGUUUAAAUUCUAAAAAAAAAUACAAUUGGCGAUAGUGAUCCUUACUUAUAAUGAUAAAGGUACGAUUAUCAAUAGUUUGGAAAAUCAUCUACUUAACGAUUUUUUCCCGAUCGUUUCUCUUAUAAUGUAGCCUACAUCGUAUCGUAGUACGAAGAGCCGAUGGACGUUGGGGUCCAAAAGUGCUGGAAUGGCGACCCCGCACUAGUAAGCGCAGUGUUAGUCGACCCCCCACCAGGUAGAUUGACGACAUCAAGCGAGUCGCAGGGAUUCGCUGGAUGCAGGUGGCUCAGUAUCGUGAUAUUUGGAAGUCCUUACAAAAGGCCUGUCCUGCAGUGGACGUCCAUCGGCUGAUAUGAUGAUGAUGAUGAUGUAGCCUACAUUACCAUAUUUCUCUAAUAAUUUUCUUAACAAACUGCGCUUUUUGAAAUUGAAAUUAGAAAUUUUUUUAAAUCUUCCGCAGUCAAUAAUUUAGCAAGACUGACUUCUCAGAAAAUCAUCAUAGUAGAUUAAAGAUAUCUUGGAAUUAGCUUGUUCUUUCUAUAAAAAUCGCAUACAAAUCGGUCCAUCCCAAUUGGAGGUACGGUUUUUCGUGUUUUUUCUUUCUUAACAAUUAUUAUUUCUUUUACAUUAUGAUACAAUAUUAUUGAAUUGAAAUUGAAUACAUAAAGAACAUAGUUAAAAAUAAAGGCUUAUGUAAUAUUUUAAUUAAAUAAUUAAUUAAUAUCGACAAGCUUUAACAUUAGUGAAAUAAAACAUUUUUUUUUUGCUUUUUGAAAUUAUUAAUUCAUUACAAUGUAAUUUAGAUUUUACUUUAAAAUAUCCGUUGGAUUAUUUUCCAGUAGAUUAGGUUUUAAAUUGUAUUUAAAAAAUUAGUCAAAGCAAUGUUUUUUAAUAUUGUUACAAUAUUUUUUUUUUAGGUUUUUAUAUUCUACAGAGUGAGAAUUUGAGAUUGAGUCAGAAUUUGCUUGAACAAAUUAAUUCAAAUACGUUGAUUAGCGGAUUUAAUUAAGAAUUUUACAACUUUAUCUGUCAAAAAUGUUCCAUUAAAGUAAAUAUUCCUGUCUCAAAACUCACUCUUUGUAUUAUUAAUAAUUAAGUUUAAGUGUUAGUUAAUUAUGUACAGCAUUCAUUUUUCUUUUUGUAGUUAUUAUAUCGACGUUAUGUUACAAUAAUAGUCGCAAAGUUAGGAGAAAAUAUUUAGUGCAAUUUAUUAUUGUUUUAUAUGCAAUAUUUGUUUUGUAUAAAAUAUCUCUUAUAGUUCCCGCGUGACAAGUUGAAACAAGUUCAUCGUUAUAUACUCAGAGGCACAAUUAUCCGCCUAUUUUAAUAAGACGCGAGUAUAUUAAAGUGGGCGGAUAAUUGUGCCUCUGGGUAUAUAUUGUUUAUGACUAGAAAACAUGAAUGUCUCAGGACAUCUACUUUGUUUUCCAACGAGGGAGAAACUUGAUUUUAUAGUCUCCUUCUUUUAAUUUUUUUUUAAUUUCAUAAAUUGUAAUGUGUUGCUUGAAACUGUUGCUCUGAUUCAUUUGUAACUUUUUUUUGAUUUUUGAAUAAUUAUACAUAUUUAUUUUGAUAUCUAUAUUCUAUUUUAAAUGUUUUAACAGCUUUACUUAUGACUAUAGAGUUGCAUUUUAUUUUUUUCUUAUGAAGUGUGCAUUUUAUUAAAUAUAUGAAUUACUCAUAAAUUGUCUUAGAUAUAGAAAGUUUAUUUAAAACGGUGCCUAUCUCACAUCAUUAUAUUUUUUUCGAGAUUUUCCAAGCAUUUAUAUACAUAUUUGACAAAAAGUGCACUGUCAAAUUAUUUAAGUUUAGGGUGACAUUUCAUACUGUAUAUAAAGGUGCAGUUAAUAACUUUUUCAUGUAUUUUCAUAGCUUAAAAAUAAAGACUAGAUCAAUAUAUAGACUAGAUCUUAUUUAAAACACGGCUUGCUUUCCAUUGUAUUUAAAACUAUACAUAGCAUUGAUAUAAAAUAAUUAUGUAUUUACUAAUUCUAAAAAAAAUUGCUAGAGGUGUGGGAAGUUAAGAAGGCGUGCAAUUAAUUACACAGUUAAAGUUUACAUUAUCAAAAUUUUAAUUUAAGUAUCUGAAAUGGAAAUGGGUUGUCUAAAAAGGGUUAUUAUGUACCUAUAUUCCUUUUUUUUAAUUUCACAAAAAGUAAAAAAGUGGUUUGUUUAUCAGAAAAACUUCCCGAGUAUUGAGGAAUAUAAAAUAAAACAUUGUUCAUGAUUUCUUAAACUCAUCUUGAGUUAUAAACAUUCAACAUGAAGCACCGCCUCGCAAUUUUCCACGCUCUCUAUGCAUUGAAACUGAUGUGUAAGUGGUGAGAGAAUGUAUGACCUAUCAGUCCACAGGACGAUAAUAUAGUGGCAAUUGGAACUAUUUUAUCUACCUACUAAUUAAUUAAUUUAUUGAAAAGAACUAUCUAAUAAUUAUGAUUAUUCCAAUAUAGAUUUUUAAUUUUCAAUAAUAAAGGUGCUAUUCCAUUAUUGCGCAUAGUUCGCAUGCUUCGCACUAAUCGGCUCCUUUCCUUUAACAGUCUCAAAUAUCUCUUUUACGAGCUACAAUAUCUCAUCUUUAUAUGUUAUAUUUUUUAAGUAAAAUUUUUCGUCUGUCUGUCUGUGUGUAUAUUCGUUAUAGAAACGAAAACUACUCGACGGAUUUCAACGAAAGUUGGUACAAUUAUUUUUCAUACUCCUUAGGCAGGUUAUAGUACACCUUUCAUCACGCUACGAUCAAUAGGAGCAGAGCAGUGAAAUGUUGGGAAAACGGGAGAAGUUACUCCAUUUUUACACCGAUACUCUAUAAGGGCUGGAUUAAAGAGGUCUAAGGGCGAACGAAGUCGCGGGUGUGCGCUAGUAUUAUAAUAUAUUGUGUAUUCAAUGUUUAUUCAAUACGUGCAAAUAGACAUGCGCAUCUAAAAUGCCUUGCCCCUGCGCAGCAAUGGAACAUCGUCUUUAUUUUUUAAUCGUAUUUUCUAUAUUCAAAAACCCAUAUUAUAAAAAUUGUAUGAUGUAUAAAAUCCUUGUAUGAUGACGUAACGCCUAAUAUUGUAUGUAUUGUGACUGUUCAUGUAUGUGUAUGGUGCUCCAUUGUAUUGUAACAUAGAUGUACAUUCGUAUCCUAUUUUCGAAUAAACGAGCCCUAGUAUAAAA